AGGAGUUUCGAUGUGUGCAUUACAUCAGUUACAUUUGUCGCAAGAAGGUCGUUUGUUAGUCUUUACUGUUCUUAUAAAGAUGUCUCAACUAAAACGAUUUGAUUCAGUUUUAAAACUGCUAUUCAUUUUUCUUACAGUUCCCGUGCAGUGUGCUUAUUACUGCUAUUACUACUACAGUAGCUACUACUCAUCUAGAAGACAGUACUGUUACUAUUACUACUACUAUUACUACUAUGACUCAGAUAGUUCUUCGUCUUCAGCUGGAGCGAUAGCUGGCGGAGUGAUUGGGGGUAUCGUUGGGCUGGCCGUUAUUGUCACCAUUUUUGUUUGUGCGUGUGUCAAAAUCUGCAAAACACAGAACCAUGGUCAAAUCAUGGUGUACCCUCAACAGACCACGGCCAAUACCAAUUCAAUUACACCACCAGGGUAUCCACAGCCGUCAGUUCCUGUCUAUUCCUAUGGACCACCAACGUAUUUAGGCAAAAAUCAGCAAGCUGUCGGGCGAAAUAACAUUUCAAUCAUUGAUUAUUCGUAGUUACAUAGUGGAAAUAUUGUACUGAAUAAACAAGGGAAAAUGAUAUAACAAGAGAGUUCUAUAUAUUUUUUAAGUAUUUGUAAAAAUGACUAAUUUUCUAUAUAUAAUUAUUAUUCAGUUUGUAGUGAUGAUAUUACAGUCAUUUCAUGCAUAUCUUUUACAACUUCAUGCUAUGCUAUUGUAUGCGAUUUUAAUGAUAUGCCUUGAGAUUUCAAAGCAAUGCUAUGAGAUUUGUAUGAUAUGCUAUGAGAAAUUGAAAUAAAGGGCCUAAUGAUAUGGAAGUAUAUGCUAUGCUAUGACAAUGGUAUGCUAUGAGAUUUGAACAAAAACGCCUCCAUACACAGAAGAGUUCCAUAUAUUUCGGAGUAAAAUGAAAAGAGGGCAAAGUUUACUACUAAUCUGCAAUGUGAACAUUUAUUCUUUCGAAUAAAAACAUUUAAAACCGAGUUAAAAUCAUGUUGUCUGCUAUGCUAUGGUAUGCUAUGUCGAAUGAGAUUCUAUAAGAUUGUAUGCUAUAGUAUAAGAUUCAAUGCUAUGUUAUGAGAUUCCAAUGUUAUGCUAUGAUAUGUCAAUGCUAUGCUAUGGUGAAUGUUGUAAAAGAUAUGCUUGAACUGAAAUUUUAAUACAUGUAGAAAAUAAUAGAAAAAACCGCAUGUGUUUUUUUUCUUUUAGAGUAGUGGUUUUUAAAUAUCUUCCAGUUUCCUACUAUGCAUGUAUAGCCAAUGAAUACAACCGUUGCUGUAAUUUAGUCAAUGAUUUCAAAUUUUAGAAUUCAUACUAACUUGUGGUAACAAAAUACUUUCUGUCUGUUGAAUUUUCAUCCUAAAUUCGGUGGCAUAAUUCAUCCAUUCACCUUUCCUAUCCUCGUUUGGAACGAACAGAGCAUAAAAGUUCUUGUCAAACCGAACUUUUUUGAUUGAUAAAUUUAUCUGUUUUAGAUUUAUCUUGGGUUAAUACAAGCGCUUACUGGGCCAUAACUGUACGUUUUGAUAAAGUUUCUUCAGUUCCCCAGCUAUCUGAGAUAUCGUAGCCGUUCGGGGUCACUUCCUGAAACUCUUAUAGGGAUUUUUAUUGUCAAACCAACGACUUUCAUUCAAUGCCAACGUUUUUCGGGAAUUUUUUGUUAUCUUUUUUUAAAUGCACUCCAUAGAAUAUUUUUUCAUUUGUUCUAUACUCUUUGACAAUCAAUAAUUUCAUAAAUUAUUAAAACAAUAUUUUUCGCGCAUGCUCACUAGUUUGUAUAGUGAUCAUUUCUAUAAGGACCCGAAUUCUACAAAUAAACGAUGUUAUAAGACCUUUAUACUUUAAUUUUAUUUUCUAAGUAUGUUCGCUAUUUUUUAGAAUCAACACCUCUAUAAGGAUACUGUACAGCAAAUGCGCACUAAUUCGUAGAGUCAGCACCUCUUUAAAGACCCGAUACUAUAUCAAUGACAAACGUCUUCUUUACUAUAAAUAUCGAUGAUAAAAGUCUUUUAUGUGGAUCCCUAUAAAAUCACAUUUGUAUGGGGUUCCAAUAAUUACGUCAUCGUCAGGGUAACCUUAUAGAGGUAUCUAUGCAGCAAUCCCAAUGUUGAAUUAGGUUAUCUAACAUCUAAGAUGUAAGAAAGAUUACGUUUUUCUGCGGAUUUGCUUGAAUUUGAAGAUAUUUAUUUAUUAAUAUAUACUGCCUAUUUGUGCAAUGGUGAUAAAUGCAUAAUACAAAGACUUUUAAAAAAUACUAUUACAGUAUAAUUACAAUGUUUACAGUUACAGUUCCCGCGCAGUGUGCUUAUUACUGCUAUUACUACUACAGUGGCUACUACUCAUCUAG